GACUUUUUCUGGUGUCCAAUCCUGAUAAAUAUCUUUGUAUUUGUGUAGCUAUUUUGUCUAGAUAUUUCAGCUAUUAUUAGACUAGCUUUCUUAGGAAGUGUGUAAAGUGUGUUAUUGGGCCCAAUCAUUAAAAGAGCCCAAUCAUGCUUAGGUCACAUCACACAUUCCCUAGGCAUAUAAAUAUUGCCUUUAAGGGAAUGUGCAAAGAGGCUUUUAUAGAUUAUUCAGCGCAUAUAUCAUUCUAGUGAGAGAGAGAGCCGAUACUUUGCAUUCUCGAUACUCUGUUGUACAAUUCUCGAUCAUUGUUGGUAUUGAAUCAAAGCUAUUUUCUUCUCUACUCUAUAUCGUUUAUAUGAUUGUUGAAUGAAAUAGGGACAAACAAUUGGUAUCAGAGCCGAGCGUGAAAUCGAUUGAAGAAUGUAUGCAUUUUCGGAUCUGUCGUUGACGUUGAAGACAAGUUUUUGCGGAAAACUAAGUUUCUGCGUUUUUUGGGUUUGAUGGACUUGCAUUCGAUGCGAUUCUUUGUUUUUGGGAAUAUUUCGAUCAACACUUGAGAUAAAGCAAAGCAAAAUUUCGUUUGUGUGCUGUUAGAUUUUUUCAGUUUUCGCAGGUUGGACAUCGAAAAAGGCUUCUCGAAAUGAAUAUCGAAAAGUAGCUUCUCGAAGUACAGGUUUCGCGAAGUCUGAAGUCUCAUCGAAAAGCACUUCUCGAUAGGAGCAUCGAAAAGCACAGGUUCUCGAUAGGAUCAUCGAAAAGAGUUUCUCAAAGUUCAGGCUAUCGACAACAACUCCUCGAUAGGAAGUUUCUCGAUAGAAAACUUCUCGAAGUACAGGUUCUCGAAGAUUCAUCGAAAAGACUUUCUCGAAGGCAAUAUCGAAAAGUACAUGUUUUCGAUCGAAAAGAACUUCUCGCCUGACUACAUCGAAAACUGAACAAACUAUCGAAAACGUUUCUGGAAAGUCUGAUAUCGAAAAAGGCCAAGCAUCGAGAACUCAACAAAAAAAGAGGAAGGAGGGGCAAAAUUGUUCUUUGAGACCCGCUGAAUUCUACGGCUAUCGUGUCCGCAGGUCGCCCGCGCAGGGGGGGUGCGAAUUUUCAAUUUUGAACUGAAAGCCGGAAUUCUUGUGUGCGCGAGAGCUCCCCUCUUCUCCUUCACCUUUUAAUAUCAAGAGAGGAGUGGUUCAUAUUUAUAGGCUUCAAACUUUCCAAGGAGUUUAGGUAUGGGAAAGUUAAAGAAGCCCACUUUUCACCUUUCCUUGAAAGUGUACACUUUUCAUCAAUUUUUUCCAAGAGCUAGUUUUGAGCCACUUUAAACUCCAAAGUCCAAAACUCCAACACCAAAGGUGAACCUUACAACCAAAGCUUCCAAGAGUCAACCUUGAGAUUAAAAAAAAAAUUAAAAAAAAAAAAUAAUAAUAAUAUCUCAAGGUUAAGGCUAUUUUCUCAAACUCCAAGCUACACUUCAAGGUCCAGAAAAUUGCAGAAACUUCAAUCAACCUCACGUCUACGGUCAACAUUCAACAAUCAUCAAUGGAUACCUCUUGCUCAUCAUCAUUGUGUAAGAAUGAAUGUGCUGAAAGUUCUGAUAAGCUGGAGGUAAGGCAAUCUGACAGUCAACAAAUUAUCAAGCAAUUGGAAGAGAGAUUAGCAAACAAUCACCGAGUCUUACUGCAGCAACUGGAUAAGACUACCUCACUCACCAUACAAUUGGACAAUGAAAAGGAAAUUGUUAAGAAGCGAACUUUGGAAAUAGAACAGCUCACACAAAAGGUAGCUGAACUGACUAAAAAGGUAAGUGACACUGAAUUAGAACGAAACAUUGCCAAAGCUGAAAAUGAGUUUCUACAUGAAAAAAGAGGCAAGCUUUACACAAAAAUCAAAGAGUUAGAAGAUUUACUAGCCAAGAGAGGACAGACAGAACAAACCAUUUUUCUUAACCAGAACAAGGACACACGAUUUUAUAACUCUAAGGAGGGUCUUGGUCUCACUAACCCCAAUAAUUUGAAAAAGGUGGAUUGUAUUCAACUUUAUGACAUAAAUUAUAUGGGGUUAGGAUUGACUAAGUUGAUGGCUUUUACCUAUGGAAAGGAAACCGCAGAAGAAGAAGAGGUAAAGCGAUCAAAUCCUUCUAAAGCCGAAAUUCCUUUCAGUUAUGACUCUUUGAACAAAAGCUAUGAAACAGCUGAACCUGUUUUUUCAUCUGAUGAGAGUGUCAGUUUCUAUCCUUCUGAAAAGGAAGCUGUGUCGGAUUCAGAACCCCCUUCAACCUCAGGAUCAAGUGAAGAAGAACCUUAUAUCCCUCCACUAAUUAGAAAAUUUGAAACCUUACACAUUUCCUUAGAAAAUCAAAGAAAAAGUUUUGAAGAGGAACGAAAAAAUUUUGAAAGUGAGAGGGAGAGGUUGUUGAGAGAAUUGACCAUUUUAAAAGAAAGUUCCCAAUCUGGCACAACUUCUCAAUCAUCUAGUGAUACUGAUACUUCUCAACCAAUUCUGAACAAAACUAACAUUUUCAAAAGGCCACCCACUCACUCCACGUCUCCUUUGAAAACAGAAAAUGAAGUGAGUAGAAAACUAGAGAGGAAAAGAGAGUGGAGGCUGAAGAGAGCUGAAAUAGCUGAAGCGAAGAAGAAAAUGAAUUUUGUUGAAAAUAAGAAGUCUUGUUCUAGUGCUGCUUUUUAUUCAAAUAAAAGUAGAUUUAGCUCUGUCACACACCAUUCUUCUCAGACUUUUUCUAAUGACUCUAGAUCUGUGUUUUCUCAUUCUAGAGCUGAGGUUAGAAAGCCUGAGAAACCUAAGCAAAAGGCUAAGGCUGUCAAACCUCAUUGUGAUGUGAAUGAUGGCAAAUCGAAAAAGAAAAGAUUUGAAGCUUCAACCUAUACUGUUUGUGAUGGUGUUUGCCUGACUUAUCCCCUCAAGGUUUAUUCAGCUAAACACCUGAAACGGUUAUCAAGGGAGAAAAUCUUUACUUCUCGGAAAUCUGUUCCAUCAUUCACCAGCGCUGAAAAUUCUCAUACACCUGCAAUAACUCAAAAAUGGGUUCCUAAAUCAGAAUCCCAGUCAUAUAGCUCUCCAAAAGCUUCAAAAGAGACUGGUUUAGGAACUAAAAUAAAGCAAAAAUUUCAAAAUUCCUUUUGUGCUAAAAGGGAUGGACCCACCCUGAAAUGGGUACCAAAGGUUUCUUAACCUUUUGCAGGUCCGUCAUGUGUGGUAACUGAACCGAUUGCUCCACACGCAUGGCGGGUAUGAAGACGAGCUGUGAGCAAUCAACUGGUGCACAUUAUGAAGGGGAGUAUUGGCAUGUAUACUACCUCAACGAGCUGAAAAUCAAGAAAUGCACACCUCAACGCCAACACAUGCCAAGAACAAACAACAAGUGCUUAUUCUGAGGGGGAGUGUUUCUUUUUCACUCUUCCUGGUGCCUAACAACGAAGAAAGCACAUUCCAAGGGGGAGUUUUCCACUUUACUCCCUGGGUGAUCAACAACACCUUAAACAUUCUGAGGGGGAGUUACAUUUUUCUCCUCCUGACGCCAAUCAAGGAUCAAUGCAAGACAACCCAAGAAAGUCAUAAGCGAAUCAGCUAAAGUCCCCCAGGUGUAUCUCCAGCAAUUUUGGGUAAUACUUGGCAAGGACACUGAUGAGGAUGAUAAUGAGAUAGAUGACGUGCUGACCGCCACUAUCAAGGACACCAAGUUCAUGAUUACCAAAGAGUUGAUGCACCAAGUGCUGCACUGGCAAACACACCGGCUUCGACUAGUGCAACAUCUACCUUUUGAUUGUCUUCCAUGAUGGUUUUCACUACUGGUGUGACGCUUCUCCAAAACAACUCCAUCCAUCCACUGAAGACUACCAACGGAGAACGUCAGCAAGUAUCUCCAAAAGAUGACUAAGGAUUCAACGCUUGUACCUCUCUUAAUACCAGUGUCUCUGUUGCAGUUAGCUGAUCCGAAUGAUCCAUCUGUCCGACGCUACUGCCAGAAGAAUAACAUUAUACUCCCUAUGGCUCAGAUAAACCCCCCUGAGCCUACCCAAGGGAGUCAGCCGAGCGCAAGUGAGGGUCCUGAGAGUUGAACCCAGCCACGUAGACCAGUGGCAGUCCGGCCCCAUGAUGAUCAGACUAUGUCUGCUGAGGGCCACCCCCCGAGUUGCUGAGGAGACUACCUAUGACUCGUCUAGCGCUGCCAGACUACAAAACGCUGACGAUGAGGGCUCCGGGAGCAAGGCUGGAAAGAGCAACAAUGACAAAAGUGAUGAGGACGAAGAUGAUGAAGACGACAAUGCAAGAAAAGCCAUGAAAGCUCCGGUACAAAAAUGUUGAUUCGAUAUCAAGCUUUCUACGGCUGCAGAUAAAGAGGUGUCUUACUUGAGAAAGAACACUUAAGGACAGAUUAUCAGUGAGACUCGCUCUAAGAAACAUCAUGAUGUCCUCUCUUCAUCACUCAUUCCUACGCAAAGAGUGCAAACAUCAAGCAACCAGGCUGAAGAAAUGGCCUUGUAUGACGGUUGCUCAGACCUAGAUAAACUAAACCGGGCUAACCCCAUAGGCACAGAGACUGAUCUUUUCAGUCUCCGGGUAGAAGACGCAGCAUCCAGCCCAACUGCGCAUGCACAAGCCUCCCCUAGCCACUCUGCUACCUCCCAAUAGGUAGUAGUUUCAAUAUCAGGGGAUCUCAUACCCACCUCUCCGCCCCCUUUCGGAGCGGUCGAGGAUAUAUAUAGUGACCAUCAGCCCCAGGUCACUACCCCUCCUUCUACCACUUUGUGUCUAGGUGUCACCCUCCAAAAUUUUCCAAUUUUUCUAGGACACGUACACUCUUCACACCACCGCACUCUACAGGUCCACUUUAUCUGUCAACAACGAUCGGAGAUACGUCGAUGAUGAUCGGAAAUCCUGCUGCUUAACAGAUAACUCAAUCAUUAUUUGCAGGCCACAUACCGGUUAUCUCUACCGAUGUUGUGACAACGGUUACUACCCCUGUAACCGGAAACCCUAACCCUACCGACCUUUCUGUCAUUUUGCAGCGCUUCUUGGAUUCCACCAUUAAGCCAUGGGUGCACGAAGCAAUAACCGCUUAGUCACACGAAUUCAGGACCACCCCGGCGCUUCUUAAUGACAUCAUCCAAACUCUAACUCAACCUUCAUCCUCCCACUCCCAACAGCAACUCACUCCAAUCCUUACCCUAUCCCAUUUGACCAUUUACCAUGCCAUUCGAUGACCUAGCAUCCAUUAUGCUAGCGAGAAUUCUGGAAACCAAAGAAGCUCCACUCACUGACAAACAAGGAGCUCUUAUCGUGGUACAUGAAACCUAAAGCACAUGCAAUGACAGUCUCCGCGGUCACAAACGUUCACAUGAGGACCCUGAUUAUUCGGCUCCUCAUGAGGGGGAGAAUAAGAGGCAACGGAUACUCGAGCAUGGUGCUUCAUCUAGCCAAUAACCCCAACCUGAACCCUCAAACAACCAAGUUAAAUGCAAGAAUUCUCUCGAGGAUGCAGAUUUUGAGGGGGAGUUUUCAAUGUUCUCCUCCCAAGCGCCAAUUAUCAUCAAAGGCAUCCUAUUGAGUGCUACAGUUGAGGGGGAGUACAAAGAGAAAAGAGCAAAGAGAAAUGAGAGACAAGUCCCAAUGGCUUAGUAAACCCAACUAAGCCUACCCAAGGGACAAAGCCGAGAGUGAGUGUGUAACUGAGUGAAACUAUGAGAGUGAGGAAGCAAAAGGCUUAAGUGAGCGAAAAAAACAAUAAUCAAUGACAUGUCUGCUACCUCAACUGCGCUUUCAAUUGAGAGAAUUACUCCCAGUCACUCAAAUAAUCCGGACAAUUCCCCAUAGGUUCAGGACUGAAUUUAUUCAGAUCCCGGGUAGAAGUCGCUGCAUUUUGUCCAAACAGCGCAUGCACAAUCCUACCCUAGACCACUCACUUGUCUCCCAACAGACACGUGUUUAAUCAUAUUUCACGGGGAACCUCAUCUAUUAUUACCGUCUCCUUCCGAGGCAAGUGAUACUGACUAUAGUGGCCUUAGCCCCAUGCCACUGAAUAUUCAUUGAUCACGUUGUGUCUAGUUAUCUCACUCCCAAAUGUUUUGAAUUUUCUAGGACACAAACACUUUUAGAGUCAGUUGCAGGUCUUCAUGACCCGCGAGAACUUCCAUAGGGCUCAUCUACUAUAGAUGUGGACCAAUGAUUGGAAGGAAGUCCUGCUGUUGCAACCUAGAAAUCACCAACAUGUUCAGGCCAUCGCUUUAGAGUUUAUCUUUAUGGUGAUGAUAACGGGUGUCUACGCGACCCCGGGGGGCUACAAGGUUUUCAUUGCUGGUCUUUAUGAUCAUGCCAUAACAACCAGAGUGACAUCUACUUCAGAUGCUUCACAAUGACUGGUUGGAAGUCCUGUUAGAACUUUAUUGCUUCUAUCAUUUUACACAGGCCACACAUCGGUGUUUACAUUGAUGUUGUGAUAACGGAACACUAGUGUAUCCGGUUUUUAUCUUUUUUCUCUUUUUUCGUGUUUGUUAUCCAGAAUAAAAGAAUAAAAGCAUGACGUCUCGAUUCAUCGGAUCGUCAUGAGGGGGAGAAUGGUCCACAUGCUGUUUACUAUCAACAAAUCAUUCUUGGGCACUUCUCUUCUCCAUCACAAAAAUCAACGACGGCUCUCUAUUCUCUCAAAUCAUCAAAUGAUCAGCUAAACUCAGAAGUUAACCAUCUCUUUCCGCUGUGCCACCGACGAGAUCUCCUCAAAGUCAAUCUUUUUCCGCUGUGCCACCUACACAUUGAAGGAGACAGAGGUCGGGUAAUCAAAUUCUGAAAAUGAAUCCCAUGCGCGCCUGGAAAUCAUCAGACAUUCAUUCCAGAGGCGUCAUCAGACUUAAUUCAAGCUGAUCAAGAGCAACUUCUGGAAGGCAAGGACUACAUGCAAGAUAGUGAAGAUUCUUCAACUCCCUGACAUCAAAGAACAAAUUGCCAUGAAGACAUCAAAGGGGAGAUUGAAAGGAUUUGUUCAAAAAGCCUUCUUUAGAAGCUGAGUUCAAAACAAAGACAAAGGAAGCUGAGUUGCACUGAAGAUCAAGACAAAAGAGGAGCAACUCAACCAAUCUUAUCUACGCUCUCCUCUACAUUGCUGAAUAAACACAAAGACAAAGAUAUUCGCGCUACAAUGCUGAUUGAACAUGAUUGAACACCAAGGGGGAGAUUGUUAGGACUUUUUCUGGUGUCCAAUCCUGAUAAAUAUCUUUGUAUUUGUGUAGCUAUUUUGUCUAGAUAUUUCAGCUAUUAUUAGACUAGCUUUCUUAGGAAGUGUGUAAAGUGUGUUAUUGGGCCCAAUCAUUAAAAGAGCCCAAUCAUGCUUAGGUCACAUCACACAUUCCCUAGGCAUAUAAAUAUUGCCUUUAAGGGAAUGUGCAAAGAGGCUUUUAUAGAUUAUUCAGCGCAUAUAUCAUUCUAGUGAGAGAGAGAGCCGAUACUUUGCAUUCUCGAUACUCUGUUGUACAAUUCUCG